ACGCCCCUCCGCUCCUGUACGCCGGGGUCCAUGCUUCUGAGACCACACGCGUAGUGUGCAGGCCUAUAAUGACUCUGACCAGAGGAUCGUUCACCUAUGCAAGUGGUGAAGAGUACCAUGGGGAGUGGAAAGAAGGUCGUAGGCACGGCGUCGGCCAGCUCAAGUUCCAGGAUGGUACCUGUUACAGUGGCCAGUUUGAGAACGGACUCUUCCACGGCUCUGGAAUCCUGCUUUUCACUGAUGGAUCCAGGUACGAAGGAGAAUUUGCACAUGGAAAGUUUCAAGGCACAGGAAUCUUUAAUCGAUACGAUGGCAUGAAGUUUGAAGGAGAAUUCAAAGAUGGACGCGUUGAGGGAUACGGCCUAUUGACUUUCCCAGAUGGGAGUCACGGCGCUCCACGAAACGAGGGUUUGUUUCAAAACCACAAGCUGCAGAAGAGAGAGAAGUGUCCCGGAGUGGUUCAGCGUGCACAAGCUUCAGCUUCCAGUGCCCACAGCCUGGCGCUCUGAGACGCAAUCAGGGUUUCAGCACCCUCCAGAAGGGCCUCAGGGAUGUGUGUUUGUAUACUCCCCUCCAGCUCUUCUUCCUCUACCGCCAUCUCUUCACUUUUAUUGAUAUUGAUGCUUACUUCCGUCUUCGCUUUUCCUCUUUCACAGCAACUUGAAAUACACAUGCAGUCUGACCAAAUAACAUCUUUCUAGAUGACUCACUUGAAAUGCAAGACAGAAAUACACCUUUAACUUGACAAGUCUUACAAACAGAAAAUACUGCUGCUUAUUUAAUGUUUGGAUGUACUCAUAAGAAGUGUCUUAGUUAUACCCUUGAGAAAUGUUAGCCUUUAAAAAUGAUCCUUUUUUUUUUUGCAGAUCAGGUUCUGUAAAGGAAAAACAAAAGAUUGUAUGUUGACUUUGUUGACUUUAGCCACAAAUGGCAUCUAACUAUAAAAAAAUGCUGCAUUUCCUUACGGUGGAGCAAAAUGUGAGGAACCUUGUUACUUUGGGCUUGUGGUGGUAUUAGGGUAGGAGUCUGCAACCUGACAUUCUGGCACUUCAUGCAGCUCUUUGGCUUCCUGAAGCUUUCAGAAAAUUACGUGCAAAUGAUCUAUUUAUUCUUUAUUUGACUGCACGGUAGAUAAUCCUUUAAUGGGGAUUGUACUUUUAAUAUUUUUCCUGCAGCAUGUUUUGCACUGCAGGUGAAAAUUGUUGAGAUUCUAGCCCAUCAUUAAACCCCACCCCCUGGAUUUUCUCCAGGUUCUCUGGCUUCUUCCCACAGUCUGAAAAUAUGUGCUUCAGUCUGUAUUUUCCCUGUGAGGACCAGUGACCUGUCCAGGGUGUGCAUUGCCAUCGCCCAUAGGGGGCAGGAUUGGCUCCAAUCAAAAAGGUUGUAGGCCCCUAUGCUAGGAAGUAAAGGUUUUGAAUCUUGACUCCUUCGUUGUUUUUAUCACGCACAGGCAUAAAGACACACUUGUCUCUAAGCAUAUGAGCAAUAUGUAACUGGCUCUGAUGCUUUGAUGAGCCUGAUCGUGGUGAGGAAAUGCAGCAACGUGAGCACCAAACGGUUGGCAUGUUUCUAAAGAAUGUCAUUUUUAAAGUGUUCAAAGACACGCUUCGGGAUUUGUUAAGUGUGUUGAGGACGCUUGCUGAAUGUAACCAUAACUUCACAAGAACCCUCCACAGGACACAUUGUAGUGCUGCUGCAAACUUUUAUUGUCCAAGGAUUACAUUUUAUUAACUGGUUAACUCUGCUUUUACAUUAUCGAUGUUCACUUUUUGCCUUAAAGACAUUUUGUACUGGAGUGUGUAGUUGAAGGGUGUCCUUUUGAAAAUCAGAUUAUGUGCAGUGCCCUCUCCUUCCCCCUUUCCUCUGCAUCACUUGCCCUGAGGUGUCUGUCAUCUUAAUGAGUUUAAGGUCUGUUUGAAGACUGCCUUCACUCUGGGAGACAUGUUGCUAAGCCCAGUGCCGAGUUUGAGCUCCCAUCACUCGCAAGUCCAGCAGAUUUCCUCUUUCCAAUAAACCUCCUACUCCCGGGAGAAAUCAAUGCAGAAGAGGUUUAACUGAGCUGGAAAAAGGUUUUCUCAAGUUUUCCCAUCUUGCUUGAAAAAUUUGGAUGACUGAACAUCGUCAGAGAUCUUUAAAUCAGGAGCAUGGAUAUUAUUUGUGGCAGCUGAAUGAUAGGCUUUAUAAAUCAGACACACAUAUAUAUCGAGGAAUAAAAAAUCUAAUUUAUGUGGGGUUUUUUGUUAGGUGUGUAGAUAAACUCUAUGAUUGUGUUUGAUCAGCCUUUUUCAGUGAUUUUCUGGACUGGUCAGGUAAAUAAAUGAAUGUGUUACUGAGUUAUUUACCACACUGUAGUUUUAGUAUUCUGAGGUGUUGUAAAUUUAUUAACCAUGACAGCUGAUCACAGCUAGUCUGUGACUUCUGAUUGAGACAAUGUACUUGAUAAGCCUUGCAAAACCUUUGUAGAUGUGACUUUGUGGAGUGUUGCCUACAUAUAACUUCAACCAAAGACAAUCAGUGUAGUGGAGCCUAAAACAGUCAACACAAUUUGCAUGGGAAAUCAUGUACUCAAAGAAAACUGAAAAGCAGAAGAUUAGACAGGGACUUGACACAGGAUUCUGUUGUAAAUUGUCCUGAUGUCUCCAGCCUGGAUGAUUACAUAUACGGAUUUUCAUCGUUGGUGUAUUCUAUGAAGGGGGAAAAAAAAAAAUCAAUACUCAAUGUUGAUUGCUUUGAAAACCCCCCUCCCCCCCAAACAGCAUA